AUGUCAGAAAUGUGUGUUGAGACCUCCUCCAACUCCAUUUGUUUAUUUACUAACUGUAGUUUAUUAGUUACAAUUUUAGACCAAGCUUAAAGCGUCAAAAAUUACGUUCAACAACUUCUUUUAAUAAACUUACCAAUUCAUUUGAUUCAACCAACGAACAACCACAAGAAGAAGAAAAUGAAUAUCCUAGUGGAUUAUUUCCAGAUCAUACAAACGCAGCACCUUCAUUUCCACCUGAAUUAUCAAGUGAAUUACUUAAGUUUAUUGAAUUAUUAGAAAAACAAGAAGCUGAAAAAAAUAUUGGACAAGUUAUUCAAGAUGAUUUCGGGGGUAAUCCAAAUAGAAAAACUUCUUUGAGAUCAGCUGCAAGAAAAAGAAUUUCUUAUCAAGAAGUUUCAAUUACUGAAGAUGAAGGUAACAUUACAAUGUCAACUAUUAAAGAAGAAAAGCAAAUGACAGAACAAGAUGACGUUGGAGAACAAGCAAUUAGUCCACUACAAGUUUUGAGUAAUGUUGCAAAUGACAUAAGUCAACCAAUUCCUGAUAUUAAAAUUAAUAAAACUCCUGCCGAAGCUAUUUCAUUAGCCAAUUUUAAUUUACAUUAUAAUAAAUCAAAUACUCCUAAAUAUAAUGGUAAAUUUGUUAAUAUAAUUGAUGAAAAUAGAUUGAAACGUCAAUGCUUAUUAUGUGAUAAAAAAUACACUGAUUUGAAAGGGUUCAAUCGUCAUUACGAAGUUAAACAUUUAGGUUUGGAACAUAGAAUUAAGAAAAGAAAAGCAAAACCAAAAGAAAUAAAAGAAGAAGAUAAAGAAACAAAAGUAGAAGCAAAUGGAGAAGCAAGUGAAGCAGGAAUAGAAGAAUUGAAAGAAGGUGAAGCAAAAGAUGAAGCAAAACAAGUAGCAAAACAAGAAUUGAAAACAGAAGAUUAG